AUGCCUUCGUUCAACAACAACCACACUUCUACUUCUCGUUUUUCUCGUCAAAAAUCAAGUCAUGAGGUAUUCACCGAAAUAAAUCAUAGCAGUAAUAAUGAUAGCAACCAUCAAUCACAAAAUAAUUUUGAUAAGAAUUCUAAAACUUCAAAACCCAAACUUCCACAACAAUCAAAUCUUACAAAAGCUCUUUUAAGAGAUCAUAAUCGUCGACUACAAAUUCAAAUAGUAAGUGACAAAGAAUUUGUUGAUAGGUUCACAUCGAUGGAAGGUCUUCUCGCGCAAUACGAAACGAUUUUGGCGUUUGAACGAAAACAACUUUAUAAGAAACAAGAGGCGGCGAAAAAUGUACCCUCAGGAUUUUUGAAAAAAGAUAAAAGAUUUUGGGAAUUUCGAAUUGAGAAUGAAACUACAACUUUUGUACGAUACGGUUAUAUCCAAGAAGAUGGGGAAUUGAAAGAACGUGCAGUACAGAAACAACAGCAUUCGAAUCCUUCUAUGGCUAGAAGAUUUGUAGAACGAUUUAUCGACGAGAAAUUGAAUUCUGGUUACGUUGGUUGGACUCGGUGGUGA